CAAGGGGAAGUCAAAAAACAAGGAGGAGAGGAUGACGUCACUGACGCCAUUCCCGUGCUCCCUCGAACGCACUGCCGCUUCCGCUCUCCUCCUCCUCUCCGCCCAGCCUCCCUCUCUCUCUCCUCCUCCUCCUCCGUGACUUUCUCUCUCUCUCUCUCUCUCUCUCUGCACUCGUCGUCUUCGUUGCAUCCGCUUCUUCUCUUCCGUCCGCCAUUGACGUCUCUCUCUUCUUCUUGCUUGCUCUGUUGCUUUGUUUCAAGGCCCCGCGAGGACGCCGCCGUCGACCCGAUCAAGGAAGGGAGCGCCGGCUCCGGCUCCGGCUCCGGCUCGACGCUGAGCUUGGAUUCGGCCGGUUCCAAGCCGUGCUCGCCGUCGAAGACCGGCGGUGUCUCGCCCGAGGACUUCCGGGCGCACCAGCUGCGGAUCAUCGCCGUCGCCGCUCGUUUCCACGAGUUCAAGCUCCAGGUGGCCCGAAGAGCUCGGUCGAAGAUCAUCAAGAGCUCUGAUGACUGGAAGUCCAACAUGAACUGCAAGACCGUGUCGAUGUCCUCAUCUGAAUUUGAAUCAACAAAGGCGGCUUCAGGUAUAACUAGCAGCUCCAGCGAGGGUUCGAGCGCUCAAAGUCUUGGAGUCCAAAGUUUCAAGAAGAAGCGUGAGGAGGCUCACUGCGAGGUGCUCAGUCGGAAGCGCCCAGGCUCAACGCCCAUGCGCCGUCGAGCUGAUGCCAUUCUGACCUUCCUCUCUGAAGGUUGUGCCUCUGAAGUGCAGAUCCGUCAAGUGCUUGGUGACAGCCCUGACACCAGCAAGGCUCUCAGAAUGUUGCUUAAGCUAGAUGAAGUCAAAAGAUCGGGGACAGGAGGAAGGCAUGACCCCUAUAUUUACAAGGUCACGCAAAGGGAGUAUCAGAAAGGUAUUGCAGGUUAGUUAGACUGCAUAACAUGAUGACAUAUAGCAGUAUACAUAUAGUAGUAUCCUCUGAUUUAGGAGAGCCAAUAAAUAUCAUAUCUCUAAAGAUAUAUUCAUCCCACAGUAUAUAAAACUGGAGCAUAGUCGGCAAAAUUAAUUUCGUAACAGACUAGAGCUAUUCAUUCUAUGUGCUUGUCUCGUCUGGGACAAUGUUAGACCUGGAGAAUAAGUUGAAUUAGUAACAGAAAUAUUUGGUCAUCAUAGUUAUGUUCAUAUGUGGGACACUCGACAUGUGGGAACAGCAGUGCUGCAUUAACAUCCACAUUUGCUGGAUGAUUUGUCAAACUAAGAACUCUUCAUCGUACAACUAAGAAAUAGGUCAGUAUCCGAAUGGCCAACGAAAUAACUGAUCAUUUCGUAUUUCCCUGUUGUGAUGUGAGGUGGUGAAGCAAUACGAUUUGAAAAUUACCUGUUUCCAAAUGCAUACCAUUUCUGUCCUGAUAGAGUAUGAUUAGGACCGAUAAACCUUCAUUGGACCGUUUCAUCACAAUACUGUGCCUCGUUCUAAACGACCAUCACAAAUGUGGAACCAUCCUUUUGGAGAAACACCUCUCUUGGGGAAAGAUCCGCAAUGAUAGCUAGUCGAUUUCCACUUGAAAAGUAGUGAGCUGUGAUAGCAUUUGUCCCGAAAGUUCGAUUCCAUUCCAUGUCUCUUCUCCUUCUCAAAGCUCCCCUGGGAAUUCAUGUUUACCGACAUUCUCUGGUCAAAAGGUUUGUUCCAGUGUCCUGAUAACAAGUAGAGAA